ACACGACACGAGCACGAAUAUCCACACCCAAUUCCCUUCUCACCUUUCCUCCUCCAAAUCCGACCUCCUCUUGUUCUUCCUCCUCCACCCCCAUCGCCGAUCCGAUCCCCCAAACUCGCAGUCCACUUCCUCCCGCGGAGAUCCAUCCACCACCAGCCGCCAGCCGCCGCGGCGCGAGAUUCAGAUUCGUCGUUCUCUUGGUUGUUUGAGGAGGAGGAGGAGGAGGGACAAGAUGGGGGCGUGGAUGUCGCGGGUGUGGUUCUUGAUGUUCCCGGCGAAGGAGUACAAGAUCGUCGUCGUGGGGCUCGACAACGCCGGCAAGACCACCACGCUCUACAAGCUCCACCUCGGGGAGGCCGUCACCGCCGCACCCACCAUCGGCAGCAACGUCGAGGAGGUCGUCUUCAAGAACAUCCGAUUCGAGGUGUGGGAUUUAGGAGGACAAGAGAGUCUACGGACUUCGUGGGCAACAUACUACAGAGGAACCCAUGCUGUCAUCGUUGUAAUUGACAGCACAGACCGUGCUCGGAUCAACAUUAUCAAGGAUGAGCUCUUCCGGCUGCUUCAGCAUGGGGACCUCGAGGGCGCAGUAGUCCUCGUGUUCGCAAACAAGCAGGAUCUCAAGGACGCCAUGUCGCCAGCUGAGAUCACCGACGCUCUCUCCCUCCACAGCAUAAAGAACCACGAUUGGCACAUACAGGCCUCAUGCGCGAUCACCGGUGAGGGCCUCUACGACGGGCUCGGCUGGAUAGCUCAGAAAGUCGCCGGCAAGGCCACAACAAGCUGACCCAUAGCGCCUGUAUUUCCAUGGAUUUGUUGGAGCUGGCAGGUUGUGUUUGUUAUUGCUGCUGCUGCUGCUACCACUUCAGUGUUUAUUUAUGUCUCACAUGUCUGAAAAAAACCAUGUCUGUAUUCCCUACCAAUCUGAAAUAUAAAAGAUCAAAUUUGUGCGCAAUCAACUACAAGUUGCUCCAUUUUUUUUCUCAUAUUCUCUGAUGAUAUACACACAUCAUUUUCCUGUGCGCAA